UUUAUAUUAAAAAAAAUAUUGUGUGCUUAAUUUAUUUCGUCAAUUAUGAAUCCAACAAACAUUUGUUUGACCAUAAUCUUAUAACGUUUGCAAUUGAAUUAUUUCAUAAAUUACACCGGGUUAAAAGUCAACAAAACAAGUUAGAUAUAAAAUCACAUGGACCAGUGAUAAAAACAUUCCCACGAAAAUUUUCGUUAACAUCACAAGUGUGUGGUUGAUUUGUAAGUACUUAAAAUUUUUGGAAAGUUGUGUGGAAAGGGACAAGAAUUAUUCACAGAUUUUGAUAAAGUGUGUUGCACAGAGCACCAACUAAAUCUGGGAUAAUAUGACCCUUUUUUACCAAAAUUUAUUUUAUUUCAGGUGCCUAUGACUAAAUGUGAAAAAGGACAUUACUUGGAGACAACGGAAGUAUACAAACUGGGUAUACUUCAAAGUACUAUGGCCUUUUUGACGUUAAUUACAACAAACCAUAAUGGGUUUUUUACAAACAUCAAUUUUCUCCAUGUUUUCUGGUACCUUACCUCAAGUAAUUGCUGUCUUAUCAGGAACAUUAGUGGCUGUGUCAGAUGGAAUGAACUUCGGAUGGACCGCUCCUGUUAUUCCAAUUUUACUAAGCGAGAACAGCCCCGUAAAAACAACUAUUCACCAGGCUGAAUUUUUAGAAACAAUGCUAAUGUUAGGAGCAUUUGCCGGGUUACCAUUUACUAUAUACUUCGUAGACAAGUUCGGAAGGAAAAAGUCGUUGUUGCUGGCUUCCCUGACCACUUUAUGCAGCUGGACAGUGAUUGGAAUAGCCAAUCGUAUCGAGUACAUUUUUGUUGCGAGAUUUUUCGGGGGGAUGGCCGGAGACAUGGCCUUUGUUGCGGGACCCAUGUACAUAGGAGAAAUAGCUGACCAAAAAAUUAGAGGAUUCCUUUCCAGUAUUAUUUACCUUAUGAUGCUCAUCGGUAUAUUUAUUAUUUACGCAGUGGCUCCGUUUGUACCCUUCUACGUACCUUCAAUUAUUGGCGGAGGUCUUGUACUUCUAGAGCUAAUCGUAUUUCCAUUCAUGCCGGAGUCACCCUAUUACCUUCUUUACAAAAAUAAGCCAGAGGAAGCUAGGAAGUCCUUAAUGAGAUUCAGACAAAACCAAGACGUGGAAAAGGAGUUCCAAGAAAUCAAAGCUGCAGUAGAGAGACAGAAAACUGAAAAAGGCCGUCCUCAAGAUUUAGUACUGGUAAAAAGUAACCGAAAGGCACUAAUCAUUAUGACAGUACUUAAUGGUGCUCAACACUUCAGCAGCAUUAGUGUUGUGUUAAUGAACCUCCACUCAAUUCUUGAAGCUGCCGGCGCUGUUUAUCUACACUCCUCAACAUCUGCCAUUAUUUUCGCCUUUAUAAUGUUGGUUGCAGCCACAAUGUUUUCAUUUUGCAUAGACAAGUUUGGAAGGAAAGCACUGCUUCUAUUCUCAACAACCUUGUCAGGACUGUGUCUUGUGGCAAUUGCUGUAUACUUUACAUUAAAAAAUCAAGGCAUGGAUGUCCUAUCAGUGAGUUGGAUUCCGAUAGUAUCAAUAAUGAUAUACGCAGCUGCAUUUAAAUGGGGCCUUGGAAUGGUACCAAUCGUCAUGACUGCGGAACUGUUUCCGGCUAAAAUGAAAGCUAUUGGCAUGACAUUAGCUGAUGCAAUGUAUGUUAUAUUUUCCAUUGCUUCAAUUCAAUUGUACCAGAUUUUAGUGCCGUAUGGUGUGGAAGUUCCAUUUUAUAUUUUCUCUGCAUGUUGUUUUUGUACCACCAUUUUCACUAUGUUUGUAAUACCAGAGACCAAAGGCAAAACAUUGGAUGAAAUUCAGUUUAUGCUGAAGGGAGAAAGUAAAGGAAGUAAUGACAGUGUUUAAUUUGUUGUAUUUGUUUUUAAAAUUGAUUUUAUCAAUAAAUAUUUAUAUAUUUUUA